UUUAUUGAAAGUCUAUACCCAAAAUGGAUCUCUUCAAUAUUCUUAAUUUCACAUGUUAUGCAUUUUUAUUGCUAAAAAUCAUGGAUUUGAUUGGUUAUCCUUUGUUCCUUUUUUUUGCACUUGUCAUCAUUGUAUGAUUGGUCAAGCUGCCCCCCCAAGAAUUUUAUAAAUUGGUGCAUUUAUGUACUGAUUUUUUUCAAUGUCCUUGUUGAUAGAUCAAAAUUAUAAAAGUAUUACACCAUAUUGUAUAAUUCUGUCCCGGGUAAAUAUUAUUUUUAGAUCCUCCACUGGGUACAAAGACUACUUCUUCUUCCAUACAUAUAUACAAUACUUUUAUAAGGAAAUGUAAUCAUAAUGAAUAUAUUAAUUAGAUAUGGAGUUUGAUUUAUUUACUAAUGUGUAUAAUUAUAUAUGGAAUGUUGAUUUGCAGAUAUCAAGAAUAGUUGGAGUCCUUAUCAGAGAUUAUGUAACCAUAAUUGGCUUUGACUAGUAUAUGUCAAGUUCUAAAAAUAAUCAUUUAUUUGCCAAAACAUUAAAAAUAUCUAAAUGUACAGAUAAUUAUAAAUUAAUUCUAAACUAGUGAAAUAUAUAUAUAUACAUGCUAACAUGGGUGUAUACAUAAAAAUAUAGGACUUUGACAUAAAAGAAGAAAGGACGAUGAAGAGAGGAAGCGAAGAGAAGAACCAUGAAACCUCACUUUCACCCUUGCCACUUUGUCACCGAAAUAUCAACCUCCCUCUCGAUCUAACGGUGGAAAUACUAAAAAAACUACCCGCGAAAUCUUUAGUGCGGUUCAAAUGCGUCUCAAAGUGUUGGUCAUCAAUUAUCAGCAGCCGUAAAGACUUCAUAGAAUCGAUCGUGACUCGGUCCUUGACUCAGCCUCCGCGUGAUGCCCAUCUUAUCGAGGAUCUCUACAACAAGACUGAUGAAUGUUUGUUAGUCAUCUCAUCUCCUUGCCAUCAAAUGACUCACAAAGAAUCGGUAUCGAUCCUUGGAACAGAUCAUGAAUAUGCCCGCGGUUUGUUCUUUUGUUGGUCAUAUGACCAUCAAGAGGGAGCUAUAUAUAACCCUACUACGAGGCAGUCCUUCAACUUACCAAAGAUGAAACAUUCACAUCCUGGGAUUUGCUUCUUCGGAUAUGAACCUCUCGAGAAUCACUACAAAGUAUUGUUCAUACCGAACCCUGUCCACAGGGUGGAGCAGGCUUGUCAAGUUUUCACAUUAGGAGAUACCACGGCGGAGGAGCAGUGGAGAAAUAUCCAAAACAUUGAAUAUCUCUACCCAUUCUUAAGUUAUCGCAGUAUAGUUUCCAUCAACGGGGCUAUUUAUUUCCUAUCAAGGUUUAAAGUAAACGAUACUACUACUGAAUAUAAAAUUUUGAGGUUUGAUAUUCGGUCCGAAAAGUUUUAUAAUGUAGACCUUCCAAAAACUGUGACACUGAUGGAUCUGUGUUGGUAUUAUCUGAUAAACUACCAAGGAAAGUUUGGACUUAUAUGUUGCCAUCAGCGCAUGGAAAUUUGGAUUAUGGAAGAAGAUGCUGAGAAGAAGACACAAAGAUGGUCCAAGAUUUUCUUUUAUGAGAUGGAGGGUUUCGGUAACUGGUUCAUCUCGAAUGUUACUCGUGCUGGUGAGAUUGUUUUUAUCAAUACGCCUCUUGACACGUCACGUAUAUGUUAUUAUGAUCCCAAGCGCAACAGUGUCAGAUAUGUUGACCUUAAAGACAGCUAUCCUAAGGAAAGAGAUUGGGAUAAGGGUCUUCUAAUCAGGACUUUUCCAGAUUACGCCGAGAACACAAUGAGUUUGUACUAGUAAGGAUCUUUCAAUGCAACAUGUGCUUCUUUAUUGAUAGGUAUAAAUGUAAUGAUGGAAACAUAGGUUACAUAUAUAACCUAUUACAACGAAGGUCUCGUUGGGUUUGUCUUUUCUUUUGUUUGAUUAUUGCUGUAGUCCUUAAUUGUCAGAGAUUAUAUAAUAUGUAUGGAAUGUUGUUUUACAGAUAUUGAUAACAACUGUAGUUUUACCUGAGGUUUUUUUUUUUGAUAAGUAUGUGAAUUUUCAUUAGCAAGUAAUGACACAAAGAGAUACAAUUUGAUGAAAUCAAAUCCUAAUGCAUCUAAACACGCUGAACACAGCAAAUUAGUCUGAGAGGACCACAAAAAAAGAUCCUCACAAACACUAGAAGUUUAAUCAAUAUCUGAUGGAUAUGAUUAAAGCUUAGCUAUAACUAUGGAUUCAUCAACAGCCAUUUGAGUUUCAGUUGAUCAGAGUAGAGACUUGAUAACGGAACCUGCACCAAGAACAAAGAUCAAUAGAGAUAACAGCCGGA